AUGGAUAGAGGCGAGGUAGAGUUUGGGAGUGUACCUGAUUCUGCAGCAAAAGGACUAGGGGCUCAGGGAUUUGGCCCAAUGAACUACCAUAUGACAAGGAAGAACAGCACCGUGGCAGUUGCGGGUUUCGCUGGGGCAUUGUACAAGAUUCAUGUCUCACUGUCACUGACGCUCACUGCCAAGUCAGAAAUGGAGAUCACGCGGAGUAGUAAACCGUGGAGCUUUCUGCUGUUCGUCGUCACCGCGGCGUCUCGCUUCCCGGCAACCACGGCGGGCUGGUCGAAGGGCUCCGCCACGUUCUACGGCGGCAGCGACGCCUCCGGCACCAUGGGUGGGGCGUGCGGGUACGGGAACCUGUACUGGUCGGGGUACGGGACGCGCACGGCGGCGCUGAGCUCGGCGCUGUUCAACGACGGCGCGUCGUGCGGGGAGUGCUACCAGGUGGCGUGCGACCACGAGUCGGAGGCGCGGUGGUGCCUGCCGGGGAAGUCGGUCACCGUCACGGCCACCAACUUCUGCCCGCCCAACUACGAGCUCUCCGGCGACGACGGCGGCUGGUGCAACCCGCCGCGCGCGCACUUCGACAUGGCCCAGCCCGCCUGGCUCCGCAUCGGCAUCUACAAGGGCGGCAUCGUGCCGGUGCUCUACCAAAGGGUGGCGUGCGUGAAGCAGGGAGGGGUGCGGUUCACGAUGGGGGGCUUCGAGCGCUUCCUGCUGGUGCUCAUCUCCAACGUGGCCGGGACCGGGUCGGUCAAGGCGGUGUGGGUGAAGGGGACGGGCACGGAGAGGAUGCCGAUGAGCAGGAACUGGGGCGCACACUGGCAGUCCCCCGCCGCGCUCGUCGGCCAGGCGAUCACCUUCGGGGUCACCGACACCGCCGGCCAGACCGUCGUCUUCCAGAACGUCGUGCCGGCGUGGUGGAGGUUUGGCCAGGCCUUCACCUCCAACAUUCAGUUCUCCACUUCUGCUCAAUCGCUCUAG